AGGACUCAGGAUGCUAUGUGGACAAAAGGAGCAGAGAGCCACUGGGUUAUCCGUGAUCUGGAAAACCAAAUCCACAAGCUGAGGGAAGAGCUCAUUCAGGUGAAAGCUCAGCAGAAGCAGCAGCUGAUGGAGCUGAGCCUUCAGGGGGAGGAAGAAAGGCAGAGGGCAGCGCGAGAUCGCAAGGCGGCGGUCAGUCAGCUGAAAGCAGAGACCGAAAGGAUGGUGCUGGACCUGAAAAAGGUGCAUGCUGCAGAGACAGAGAAGGCCUUGGACAAGGCCAACGGCCGACUGAAGCAGAUGGAGAAGGAGUGCAGCCAGAAGCUGGCCAAGUCCUCGCAGAUCAUAGCUGAACUUAAGACAACCAUUUCCUCUCUGACAGAAGAGAACAGCCGGCAGCAGCUCGCUGCAGAACAGCGGCUCCAGGAAGUUGUACAACAGUUUGAAGAUAAGAAGCAGCAGCUGAUUACAGAUAAUAACAGAGCAAUCAAGGCCCUACAAGAUGAAGCGGAGCGUUCCCGCAGCCAGGCACGGGCUGCAGAGAAGAAGCUGCAGCGCAGGGAGCUGGAGACCCACGAGCAGGUGACCCAUAUACGACAAGAAUAUGAAACUAAACUCAAAAGUCUAAUGCCAGCAUCUUUGAGGCAGGAACUUGAAGACACCAUUGUAUCUUUAAAAUCUCAGGUAAAUAUUCUGCAGAAAAGAGCCUCUGUCCAGCAGGAAGAGCUGAACUCCUACCCCACCAGGAGGUAGCUGCUGGAGCUGUUGGAUUUCUUUGAUCGCCAAAUGGACUGCUUUCAAUAGGUUUGAAGAUUUGGCUCUUGUAAAUUAAAAUGCAAAGAUCAGUGGCUGUUUUAUUAGCACACAAAAUGCAAUGAAAUUCAUGAAAACAUAUCCAUUGCUCGUGCCAGAUUUUUUUUUUAGUUGUACCUUGCUUCCUUCCAUUAUUUUUUUAUCAUCAUCUCAUCACAGACUUACACUUCCAAUAUACUGUGUUGACUCUGCUUGCUUUCCAAGAGGAAGUUUCCUCUACUAACAUUUUGUUACUACUUCCUCGUACCAUUCUUUUCACUCUUAUACAUGAAGAAAAUCCCAUUUUCUAUUAUUAAUGUUCAAGAUUUUUUAACAAAUUUUGACAUCGUUUUGCGUCCAUGUGUUUACAUAAGAUUAAAAUAUUAUUUUGCACUAUUUUGUUUUGCCAUUAUUGUCCUGCUUGGGCAUCUCACUCACCUAAAUAGUCACAGUGCAUAAUAGAAUUUUGUACGGCUUUUUUAACUGGGGAAAAUAUAUUUUCUGCUGUAUUACAACAAAGAAAUGUGCAUGGCCUGAGUGCUUACGAGGGGGCAGAAAUUCCUCUCCCUGAGGUCCAGCGGUAGCAUUGGCCGCCACGUGCUGAUCUGCAGGGCCUGCAGCAGGAGGCAGCCAUCCCACCAGGCCCUGGCUGCCCUUCAGCCCCAGAUCCAUGAGCACUGAUCCCCUCCAGCCCCAGAUCCAUGAGCACUGAUCCCCUCCAGCCCCAGAUCCAUGAGGAGAGGCCAUCCCCUGCUCAGAGCUCCUCGCAGGACGUAUGCCCAGCUCUGCCCGGUGCCUCACUGCAUGUCAGCCUGGCUUUGGUCUGGGCAGGUUUUCACCUUCCUUGAAUCAACAAGUGAUCCUUCUAAUUAUAGAUAAGAGGUUGUCGUGGCUCUGAUAAGCAAGGAAGUGCUGCGGCAGGUGCCACCAAGCCUCGCCUGGGGCAACAGUGAGUUUCAGGAGAAGGAAUUUGUUAGGAUGCAUAGGGUGAAUUGUGGGCAGUAAAAUGCAGUGUGUUUGCUCAGGGAGGUGCGUGGCGGCCGUGCUUUGGCUCCACAGAGGGAGCGCUGUGCUUUUACCACUCAGGUGCUGCUUUGUGCCAACAGAGAUGCGUCCCUUGUCGUGCAUGGGGUGUUGUGGGUUUGUCUGGUGUUGUGCUGGGGCUGUGGGGCUUUUGGAAGCGGGGCAGAUCCCCAAGGUGACACAGAGCCACUCCUGAAUGCCCUUCCCUAUGCAGCUAGCUGAAUUCAGGCCUGAAUUUCCUUCUUUUUGGUAGAAUUGGAUGUUGAUGAUCAAAAAGCCAUUUCAGAAAAGUAGAUCUUGGUCAAUCUCGGAGCUCUGUGAAACUCUCCCAAACCACGUACAGCAUGAGGGGCAUUGUGAAGGUGCUUAUAGACCCGAUAAGAACUAAAUUCAGUGUUGGUUGGGGCACGUUUGCAGUUGAUAAUAGUUCUGUGAUCACUUUGUAACAGGUAAGGUUGAAGUCUAGAAAUGUUCUGCCCUCCAGAACUUGUUCUUUGCCUCUUUUCCCCUGCAGGGCAAGGAGCUGCCAGCGGUCCUGGCAGAGCUGGCUGGCGUAUGGUCAGAGCUUCAUUUGCAUGGG